AUCAAACCUUGGACAAGUAAAAAGUCAAGAACGUGUGAUGGCAUUCUGCAAACCAAAUAAAAAAAUAAAUUAAAAAAAGAAUUAACAAAAAUGGGAUUUUCUUACAUGAACCAAAAAGAAGUUCCCCACUUGUCAAUUAAAAGUCUUCAUCACUCCCAAUUUCAGAUCUGCAAAACAAGCCCUCUUCUCCCCCAACCCCCACACCUGUCCACUGUUUCAAGAAUCUAAGCUGAGAGCUCUUGAAACCGUUGCAAAGUUCCGUUUUUUCGGUUGGAAUCGGCGGUUUGGGGAGAUGGGCCUGCCCAAAAUCCAAGAAAAUGGGAACGUGGAGAUGGGCUUGCCGUUGGGAGCCAGCAACAAAUACACAAGAAUGGAUGAUGACUCUGAGCUGAGAAACGGCGACGUUUUUGGUGAAGAUUAUGAUGCGGCGGAGCACCACCGUCAGAUGCAGCGGAGCAAAACCACUCGGAAAUAUGUGUUUGCUUGCUCUGUUUUCGCCUCUCUCAACAGCGUGCUUCUUGGCUACGAUGUGGGAGUGAUGAGUGGAGCAAUCCUCUUCAUUCAAGAGGAUUUGAAGAUAACAGAGGUGCAGCAAGAGGUCCUCAUCGGAAUCCUAAGCGUAAUGUCCCUUUUAGGCAGCCUAGGCGGCGGCCGGACCUCCGACGCUAUCGGCCGGAAGUGGACGAUGGGGCUGGCCGCCAUCGUCUUCCAGCUUGGGGCGGUCGUGAUGACCUUCGCCCCUACGUUCAGGGUCCUGAUGAUUGGGAGGAUCCUGAGCGGCAUUGGGAUCGGAUUUGGGGUCAUGAUCGCGCCCGUCUACAUUGCGGAGAUCUCCCCGACCAUCGCACGGGGCUCGCUCACCUCGUUCCCAGAGAUCUUCAUCAACUUAGGGAUCCUCCUCGGAUACGUCUCGAACUACGUGUUCUCCGGCCUCCCCGCGCACACAAACUGGAGAGUGAUGCUUGCCGUCGGGAUCCUGCCGUCGAUCUUCAUUGCAUUCGCGUUAUGCAUCAUCCCGGAGUCGCCUAGGUGGCUUGUGCUGCAGGGUCGGAUUGAGGAGGCGCGGUCUGUGCUUCUGAACACGAAUGAGCACGAGGCGGAGGUCGAGGAGAGGCUUGCCGAGAUCCAGCUGGCGGCUGGGCACGGCAGCGGUGACGGGGUCGAGCAGAAGGCCGUGUGGCGUGAGCUACUCAGCCCGUCUCCAGCUCUUGCGAGGAUGUUGAUCGCGGGGUUCGGGAUCCAGUCAUUCCAGCAGAUCACCGGCAUUGACGCGACGGUCUAUUACAGCCCAAAGAUCUUUCAGGCAGCCGGCAUUGACGAUAAGUCGAAGCUCCUCGCCGCGACCGUCGCAGUUGGGGUGACGAAGACUGCCUUCAUAGUCGUAGCUAUUGUGUUGAUUGACAGAGUUGGGAGGAAGCCUCUGCUCUACGUGAGCACCAUCGGCAUGACAGUGUGUUUGUUUAGUGUCGGAAUGACUAUGUCGUUCUUCGGGGAAGGAUCAUUCACGGUGGCGAUGGCCAUUCUAGGCGUCUGCGGCAACGUGGCCUUCUUCUCCGUUGGGAUAGGCCCCGUCUGCUGGGUCCUUACGUCGGAGAUCUUCCCGUUGCGCGUCCGUGCGCAAGCAUCGGCUCUCGGGGCCGUCGGGAACCGGCUCUGCAGCGGCUUCGUCGCCAUGUCGUUCCUCUCCGUCGCGCACGCCAUCACAUUCGGGGGCACGUUCUUCCUCUUCUCAGCGAUCUCCGCGGUCUCCGUGGUGUUUGUGUACCGGUGCAUACCGGAGACGAAGGGGAAGUCGCUCGAGCAGAUCGAGCUGCUGUUCGAGGAUCGGUAUGAGCUGCAGGAGAGCGAGGUUCAGCUUGGAGACGCCGAACGUCUGGUGCAGAAGGAGUGAGCCGCGUAUCUGGAAGAACGAUGUUUUCGACUGCACGAGAUUGUCGACACACCGACCACGAGACGAAGGCCGGAUCCUUUCGAUCGACGUUGGAGGAUUCAAUUUGUGGGAAUCGGACAAGAGAAGGUGUUGGUUUUGUAGGAAAGUGGUUGUGGUUAGUGAUUGCAGGUUCUGAACUGCUUGAAAGAAGCCUAUUUGCAUAGCUCAUUCUUUUGCUGCAUAUAGUUUUUGAAGGUGCACGACGUCGUAUCAUUUAGGUUUGAAAUGUGAAACCGAUGUACUAGAUUUGUUCCUUGUGUUACUGCAAUAAUAAUCCUACAAAGAUGCAAGAUAUAUUAA